AUGGCUUCCAACGCCGGUUCCCCGGCGGCAGCUCCCACCCCGACAGCGUCUAUUGAUGUGAAGCCCAUUAUCUCGCGACAUCCUUCUCUGUGCAUGAAACCAGUCCAGGAAUCCCCCGCCGCGUCCCCCACUGCGGCAUCGCCACCAUUGUCUCUCACCAGCAAGGAAUGGAUCAUUCCACCAAGACCAAAGCCGGGUCGGAAGCCCGCCACCGACACUCCUCCCACCAAGCGUAAGGCACAGAACCGGGCCGCCCAGAGGGCCUUUCGAGAAAGGCGUGCGGCGCGAGUUGGGGAGCUUGAGGAGCAGCUCAAGCAAAUCGAGGACGAGAAUGAACACGAACAGCAAGUGUUGAGGGACACCGUUGAUAAACUUGAGAAAGAACUCGAACAGUACCGAGCCGACCUCGUCAACUGGGUCGAUCGGUGUCGAAGACUGGAGAGUGAGCUUGCUUCUCUCAAAGCUGGCCGGCCACCACUUGGAAAGUCCGGAGAAGCUACUCCUACUCAAGAGAAACAGUCCCCAACGGCUGGCCUGGACAGCACCGAGCACGCAGUAGGCUGUGGCAAUUGUACACUUGAGACCCGAUGUCAAUGCAUCGACGACGCAUUUACAGCCAUGGGGGGCGAAGCGGCCACGAACACGCAUCAACACGAGAAACGUCCCCACUCUCCCGGGCCGGCCGAAGGCGAUAAAAGGAUCAAAGUCGAGCCCAGCGAAAGUCUUGAGAUCGACUUUACGGCGGUUUAUGCUUCCAAGUCCUUGCCAGGCAUCACUCGAGUGGACGACCGCUCUCCGACUUCGGCCGUCGCAGAUCCUUGUGGCUUUUGUUCAGACGGCACGCCCUGCAUUUGUGCCGAGAUGGCUGCCGAGCAGGAACAAGCGCAGAACCAGGCUUUAACCCGGUCGACGGGGAUGCCAAUAAAUCAUCCAAGGCAGCUUGGCCAGUUCACUCCUCCUCCGUCUGAGGGUGAUGUCUCAAUCUCAGUCGCAACGGUGGCUCCGGCUUCUUCUUCAGCUUGCGGUGCUUCCGGACCCGGGACAUGUGCCCAAUGUCGCGCCGAUCCCAACAGCACUUUGUUCUGCAAAUCAUUGGCGGCUUCACGCGCCCAAUCUGCUGGUACUCCGGUCGGAUGCUGCGGCGGGAAAACGGCCGGGGGUUCUUGUUGCCAAAGCCAGAGCCAGACUCCAAAUGAUUCUGUCCCUCUACCUCCGCGAACCACGCGCUCACGAGCCGCUGCCGCAUCAUCUCACAACAGGAGCCACAACACACUACCUCCCCCGAAAGCCGGUGUGAUGCUGACCUGCGCCGACGCAUACACAACGCUGAGUCGGCAUCCGGCCUACGACCGCGCGAGCGCUGACAUCGCCACCUGGCUUCCCAAGUUGCACGCCAGCGAUGCCAGCCCCACACUUGCAGGUCGACCGGCAUUAGAGAUAGACGCUGCCAACGUCAUGGCAGUUUUGAAAGAUUUCGACCGGCGCUUUGGACAGAACCUUUGA